GAGGCACCAGCACAGGCAGGGCAGGGGAGCACAGGCAGCCAGGCAGCAAAGGCCUUUCCGAGCAGGAGGGGGAGGGGGAGGAGGACACAGAGGCGGCUGCUGUGCAAAGGGAAAAGCCCAGCAGGAGCUGCAGCUGUACUUGGACGCCACAUUCCCUCCUUACGGGACUGAGGAUGAGUAAGAGCUGACCCUGCUGCUGCUGCUGCUGCUGUGUGUGGUGGAGUGAAGUCUCAGUUUCUCCUCCUCCUCCUCCCCUGUUGUGGGUGAACCUGCCUGCAGAGUUCUUCCCCAACACCGGGGCUUGUGUGCGCGCGCGAGGGGAAGGCACGAGAGCGGAGGGAGAAGAGGGCUCUUCCAUCCACUGAGGCGCAGUUCAGUAUGAUCUUACUCGCCUUCAGCACUGGAAGCCGGUUGGAUUUCGUACAUCAGGCCAGGGUGUUUUUCUUGCAAACCUUGCUUUGGAUUUUAUGUGCCCCGGUGUGCACGGCGGAGCAGUAUUUCAAUGUGGAGGUAUGGUUACAAAAAUAUGGCUAUCUUCCACCAACUGACCCCAGAAUGUCGGUGUUGCGCUCUGCAGAGACCAUGCAAUCAGCUAUAGCUGCCAUGCAGCAGUUCUAUGGCAUUAAUAUAACAGGAAAAGUGGACAGGAACACAAUUGAUGAUAUCACAUUAAGUUGGAUGAAGAAACCUCGCUGUGGCGUGCCUGACCAGAGAAGAGGGAGCUCCAAAUUUAAUAUUCGUAGAAAACGAUAUGCUUUAACAGGACAGAAGUGGCAACACAAACAUAUCACUUACAGCAUAAAGAACGUCACUCCAAAAGUAGGGGAUGCUGAAACCCGCAAAGCCAUUCGCCGUGCCUUUGAUGUGUGGCAGAAUGUAACUCCUCUGACAUUUGAAGAAGUUCCUUACAUUGAAUUAGAAAAUGGCAAGAGGGACGUGGAUAUUACAAUCAUUUUUGCAUCAGGUUUUCAUGGAGACAGUUCUCCCUUUGAUGGGGAGGGAGGAUUUUUGGCCCAUGCUUACUUCCCUGGACCAGGAAUUGGGGGAGACACUCAUUUUGACUCAGAUGAGCCAUGGACUUUGGGAAAUCCUAAUCAUGAUGGAAAUGAUCUAUUUUUAGUGGCAGUGCAUGAACUGGGUCAUGCUCUAGGCUUGGAGCAUUCCAAUGACCCCACUGCAAUCAUGGCUCCAUUUUAUCAAUAUAUGGAAACAGACAACUUCAAACUACCUAGUGAUGAUUUACAGGGCAUUCAGAAGAUAUACGGUCCACCUGACAAGAUCCCACCACCAACAAGACCUCUGCCAACAGUGCCCCCGCAUCGUUCUGUUCCUCCAGCUGAUCCUCGGAAGAAUGACAGGCAGCCUAAACCUCCUCGGCCGCCCACUGCUGACAAACCUUCCUAUCCUGGAACCAAACCAAACAUCUGUGAUGGGAACUUCAACACUCUAGCUAUUCUUCGCAGGGAAAUGUUUGUUUUCAAGGAUCAGUGGUUUUGGCGUGUUAGAAACAACAGGGUGAUGGAUGGAUACCCCAUGCAGAUUACUUACUUCUGGAGGGGUUUGCCUCCAAGUAUCGAUGCUGUCUAUGAAAACAGCGAAGGGAAUUUUGUUUUCUUUAAAGGUAACCAGUUCUGGGUCUUCAAGGACACCACUCUCCAGCCAGGGUACCCGCAUGAUUUGAUAACACUUGGAAAUGGAAUUCCUCCCCAUGGCAUUGAUUCAGCAAUAUGGUGGGAGGACGUUGGGAAAACCUACUUCUUCAAAGGAGAUAGGUACUGGAGAUACAGUGAAGAAAUGAGAUCUAUGGACCCUGGCUAUCCAAAACCAAUCACAAUCUGGAAAGGUAUCCCAGAAUCUCCUCAGGGAGCCUUUGUCCACAAAGAAAAUGGCUUCACAUAUUUCUACAAAGGAAAGGAGUAUUGGAAAUUCAAUAACCAGAUGCUCAGGGUGGAACCUGGAUAUCCCAGAUCCAUCCUAAAGGAUUUUAUGGGUUGUGAUGGACCAACAGACAGGGACAAAGACCGACACAGCCCUCAAGAUGACGUGGACAUUGUCAUCAAACUGGACAACACAGCCAGCACUGUGAAAGCCAUAGCCAUUGUCAUUCCCUGCAUCCUGGCCUUGUGCCUCCUUGUCUUGGUUUACACUGUGUUCCAGUUCAAGAGGAAAGGAACACCCCGCCACAUACUGUACUGCAAACGCUCUAUGCAAGAGUGGGUGUGAUGUAGGGGUUUUUUUGUCUCCCAGGAAUUUGUGGCAACUUGAGAGUCAACAUAAGAGCUGUUGUGCGGUUUCCUAGCUAGGAGCAGGCGUCUAUCAGCCUGAAUCAGAGCUGAUCUUUAAAACCCAGGGGGUUGCCUGUCCUGCACAUGAGUGGGGAUUCACUCUACUGGGAAGCUUCCAUGAUAGACAGUAUCUGCCGUUUCUUCAGUUCUUUGUCUUUCUCUGUCAUUUGGUUCCAGACCUUUCCUCUGCACGCUCAAUACCCAAUAAACUAUCAGGAUUAACUAAUGAAGAGGAAAAAAGAAAAGAAAAAUCCAAUAUUUCUACUGGUUACCCCUGAAGCCUGUUCCCAUUUGAUAGUAAUUUUGCUGAAAUAAAAAGUUGUGUUUUUUUAACUAAAAACAACACAACAACCCACAGUUGAACUUUCGGGAAAGUGUGAAGACCCAAACAGCUUUGUCUCCAAAGAGGAUUGCUUUCUGUCUGCUAUAGUUAUAGUUGUACACUCCUACACACAAUUUUUGUCAAGUGGGAGACCUGGAUGACACGCAGAACUUCAGACUGUUCGGACAGCCAUUUUCCAACAAACAAGGGGCCAAAAUAUCUGCAAUAUAGUAACAGCCUUAAUGAUAUAUUCAUUUUGUGUUUUAUACAGCUGUUCUGAGCUACAUCCUCAAUGUUUUAACACAUUUAUAUCCAUUACUAUACUCAAACAGAACCUUUUUAUUUUUUCUUUCUUUUAUUGAUUUUCCUACAUCAUUUUUUUCCCAAGCUGUACCAGGCUAACUGCCCCGGGCCUUUCAUAGGUCUGUCAGGAACACUCAUUCCAAAGCAUAGCAAAAAACAGUAUGUCUCUGAAGUGGAUUGCAAUGAACUAAAGUGACAGUCAUGUUACAGAUAAAAUUGACACUAGCAUUACAUGAAGAUAGAGCAUUGGUGUAACCCUUUGAGAACUAUAGGAUUAGUUUUUAGAGGCUGAAGGUUGUUAAUCUUGGUUGCCAUGAAAGUAUAGGAUUGAAGAAGUGGUAUGUAGAAACACAGUUUAAUGAAAUUCAGGGGUUUAAAAUGGAUAUCCUGUAAGUGUAAGUAAGGGCUUUUAAUCAUUUGCAUUAUUGAUAAAAAAGGAUUUAUAACAAAUGAACAGAAAUAAAUAUAUUUGCCAGCUACUUUCUGGUAAAAUAAAAACAUAUUUUAAUAAUUUCUAGCACUCGGAUAGGAUUUUUUGAACUGGCUAUAGUUUUACAACAUAGCCUUUUAGCUCAACAUAUUGAAUUUCUGUUUUAAACUAUGUUGCAUGCUAAUUCAAUUUGCCUUGGUACAUGAAUACAUGAAGAUAGAGUUACAGUUUGAAAGGAAAGAUAAAAUGAUGACUCUGAUGUUGCAUGAAUAUCAGGCGAAUUACCUUUUGCAUGUUUAACAUAGUUCUCAAAGGGUUAGUCAGAUCUCUGGCAUUAUGCUGUACAUUAAAACACUGACAGAGCCAAGGGACCACCAAAGCAUUUUGUCAUUCUGUGUAAUUUGUGCUAACAGCAGUAUUGUCAUUUUCAUGUGACCUGCAGAGCAGGUUUGUAUCAAUAUUUUUUUCCUAGAGAAAAGUCAGCAACUGACAGACCUCUUUAUUGAUUUUAGGAGCUGCUUCUUGCAGUGAUAGGCUUUACAGUCAUUGGGCUGUGAACUUAUUAGAGAUGGUCAGAAUGAACGCACCCCAUGAGUCAGACACCUGGUUUUGUAUGAAAGCCAGGAUUUGAGGGGAGUCGCUUUUGAAAUAAUGAACAGCUUGCCUUGAACUUGAUUAUUGAUCUGUUGACUGUCAUUACCAAGUUAAACAUUGUCUUCUGUGAAAAGCUUCACUGUCUGAAUUUCCUUAAAGUGCACUGUCCUAUGUCUUUGCUCUUUGACCUUUAACUUGCAAACUGGCACAAUCUGAAGAGAAUCUGGUGUUGCUAAUCAGUUUGGAUUGUUUUUUUUUUCUUUUUAAAUGACCUGAUAUUCAUUAUCCAAGAUUGCAGAAAAACAUUGAAGAGUUUUCAAAGGAAAAAAGUGACAGUGACAAAAAUAUGUACGGUAGAUCUGGGAAUUUUGGUAUGUAUACAUGCACACUCUAAAAAUGAACUACAGUAGAAGUGAAUUUUUAUUUAACUUGAAUACAAUUUUCAGUAUAAAAUUAGUAAUUUCUACAAACAGCUAGUUAUUAUUAACAAAGUUAUAAGACAAGAACAUAAAUACUUGAAACAGCCAGCAUUGGCUUUUACAUACAACAAGAUUUUUAUACUAGAUUCGACAGAUUUCUUACUGAUUUCCUAAGACACGUUACUGGAUCAUUUUUUAGAGAGUGUAGGUAUAUAUACAUAUAAAUAUAUUAUGAUUAUUUUGGUAAUGGAUAGCUUGACUGCCUUGAAUUUUAUAUUUAUAUUGAGCCUAGCAUGAAAAAUUAGUAUGUUUUUUUGUUCAAUUACAUGAUUUGAUUUUGAUUUGAAGAGUUAUUUUAUGAUCAUGUGUGGCAUGCUAUAAAGCAUUGCAAACAGUUAUUUCUUAGAGCAUAAACAGAAAUAUAUAUAUAUGUACGGCUAACAAAAAUGAAAAGUUAGAAAAAAGGUAUAGUUUUACAGCAAAUAUGCUAUGCAGAUGGCAUUUUGGAAAUGUUUUGUAGAGGUAAUGUAUGCUGUAUGUUAGAAGUGCACCAGUAUCAGCCCAUAGCAUUACUUCAGUAGAUUCAUUUCAGCUGUUGCUGAAAAUGUAAAGAGUGCAUUCACAACUAUAGAACAUAGGAUAAUAUUUACUACACAUCAGCUCAUUUAGGGAAUUCAAAAUUCUAUGCCUGUCUAUCAUAUUUUUUUAAUUCACUGGGUGAAUUUUGUUGUCAGCAAACAAGUGUAAAUUAUGUUCUACUACAAACUGAACAAAAGGACUCAUAUUUUUGUUCUGAUUUUGUCCCUUGGAUAGUUGGUGGAAACCACUGACAAAAUUAUUUAAUCUUCAGUUGAUUUUCCUCUAUAACAAGAGAACCAGGCAAUUUGAUAUUAUCUUUAAAACAGAACAGCAUCUUACCUGUUUUCUUACUCAUUUACCGAUAUCACUUCACUUUCAAAGUCUCUUUCAUGGCAGCUUUGACUUUUUGUGCAACUAUUUCCCUGGGAAUAAUGAAGUGCUGAGCAUGUUGACUAUUGUUCAUGGAUAAGGUAACAAAAAUGUUUGUAUUUGGAGAAUUUAACUUACAGUAAUUAUGCUGGAAGGUAAGUGUGAUAAUCUAGUGCUUGAUAUAUGGUACGUCAUAGAUACAUGAAUGCAUAAUAACUUGAUUCUUUAAUCUGUUUUCUUUUACAUAAAAAAUACACACAUAUAUUAUAUAUAGAAAGAGGAAGAAUUUUAAAAAGUCCUGCAUGGUAUAUUUAUGCCGUGCAGGUUAAGUUGUGUCAGCAUUUCUAUUAUUAUGCAUUUCUAUUUUCAGUAAGUUAUAACACAGUCAUAAAAAUUUGCUUUAGGCUGAAUGAUUUAGGAGCAGUUUAUGUUCAUUCUAAUUUCAAAAAUGUAUAUUUGGUUGCUUUUAAGUUAUAGAAGUUCAAAAUAAAUGAGCUAUUUUCCCAGAUUUAGUUUUGAACUUAUAUAAAUCAAAACCAUUUUACAAGUUAAGAAAAUGAAAUUUGAUAAACAAGUAUUCCACUAAUAAUUGUUAGUGUUAGCAAAGAAUAGAAUAAAUAGAUGAACUGAGUUUUGAAAGUUGGUUUUUGCUCAUGUGAAGUAACUUUUUUCCUAAUGUUUUUAAUAAACAUAGCCAUAUUGGUAUUGUUGCAAUCAACACUGUGAAUAUACACAAUACUAAAUAUGGAUUUCAUCAGUCUAUUACAGUCUGGAAAACUGAUUUUACAGGGAUUGUGUAAGUCAAGAAUAACAAAAAUUUCCCAUAGACAGAAAUACAAUUUAAUUAACUUUUAUCGGAAAAUAAAGUUAGCAGAAUAUAUCUUUAUAUAUUUCCUUUAUAGGCUGACAUGCAGACUCAGAUGGCUUCAAAUGAGCUCUUUAAAAUCCCCUGAUAAAUAUAAUACACAUUUUGUAUCAUUCUAUAAACAAUGUUUUUGAAGUUGAGUUGGGGAGUAGGUUAAAAAAUAAUUAUGAUUGUGAAACAUUGAUGAAAGCCAGGAAAUUUCAAAAUGGAAGACCAGACUUCCCUUUUCCUGCAGCAGUGUGUGUGUGAUUCCCUUCCACCACCCGCCCUUCCCAGAGCCCUUGAUUUUAUAAUAUUGUGGGUUAAAAAAAGGGUGUAAGAUUUAUCCUUGAAUUCCUUGGCUUUUGUUGAUGUAUGACGCAAUCCUGAUGUUAGUUAAAUGCAGCUUUUGCUACUUAGUUAAAUUUAUCAAAUCGAAUUCUGGCUUGUUGGUAGGAAAAAAUGCACAGAUCAGAAAAGUAGGUGUGCCUAUAAGCAGUGAACAUUACACUUCUUCUAGCUUUUUAUAUUUGUAUUUUUGGUGGGGGACUGGCUUGAAAAGACACAUAACAGAUCUAAUAGUAAAGAUCAAACAAUGCAUGUUCCAUUUAUUAUGAAUUAAUGUAGGAAGUAGGAACCCAACCUACCACACGUGUAGCAGCACAAAUUGGAACCAUGACAACUGGAACAUAUUGAAGCACAAGGAAAAGUUUUCAGGGCUUUUGUUUUCAUUGGGGGGGGGGUCCUCUAUCCCAUGCAAAUAAAGGCUUGACCUAUUUGCUAGUUUGACAGUGAAAAAGGUAUACACAGCCAGAAAAGCCUAAGUCAUGCAGGCAAUAAGAGAAGGGAAGGAGCCAACAUUGGGAUCAAUAGCUGCUUUCUAUCUCUACUUGUGGCCCUACCUGCCUUUUAGCUGCUGUGCUUUCAGCACCUUGAAUGUUUUCAGCAACAGUCACCAUAGAACGAUACCUUCCUCAAUGGAAGGCACAAAUGGCCACCUGUGAAAAUAGCAUGAUCAUGUUCCUAUUUCUCUAAUCCAUUCUCCUGCUUUGCCUACUAGCUGGCACAAAGAAAUACAGCUCAUUUGACAGUCAUAAUCAGAUUAUCACCAUCAUGGACUGUAAUGGCUUACCCCGUGCAGCAGCCAACCCUCGGACCAUUUAGUGUCAUACAAUGUAAAUUCCAUAUUAUACAAUGUUAUUUUAUAGAUAUACGUGUAGAAGGAAUAACCCUAAUAAUUAGGGUUCCAGAGUGUGAAUAACAUUAAUAUGUGAUCAUUGCUAGUAAAUGUUAUCACUACCAUAGAAAGUUGUUGGAAAGCACUAUGCUAACCUCAGACACAUCAUAUAAAAUUCUUGUUUCUUAAUGUAGAUAAACCAUAGCAUAUCAGCCACAAAUUGUCUUCAUUUCAUUAAUGUUUUUGUGUGCAUUCACAGAUGCUACGCAUACUGGAUAUAUUAUCCCUUACAAUGAAACACAUACAGCAGGUAGACAUAGGGUCAAUACCACCCUAUGCCGCUGCAGUGUAUAGACAACCAAGGGAAUGCUACAGAAUGGUCAGAUCUGUGCAAGAGAGAGCUGCAGAAACAAGCAUGGCAUCCCAAAGAGAGCACUAGCCACAGUUCUCCAUGUAGGUACUGUAACAUGAAUUGCCAUCACAGCAAAAACCCACAGUGUAGCUAUUAUUGAUGAUACAUAUGCACCUUGUAGUCCUCAUAACCCUAUGCUGAGUGACAACAUUCACAAACUAUUACCAGGUGAGUGAUCCAUAUCCCAUUGAACCUCAUGACCCCAUCAAACCACACACUACUUCCAUCAUAAUUGUUUCCUCUUUAAUCACCAGCAGUGGCAUAUGGCCAGUCUGUUUUUUCCCCACCGUAUUUAGGUAUAAACCUGAAGUCGCAAUUUUAGUCACCUCUUCCUAUAACAAUGGUGCAUGGUGAUAGGUUGCUAUAUUUCAUUAUGCAAUACUAGUAUAGAGAUGGGGAUCAUGCUGAAUCCAUAACAUACCCCAAAUGGCAUGUACACCAAAAGUCCCCCACCCCAGUUAUGACUCCCUUUUGUUUCAACAUGAUGCUGAGAUCAGAUAGCCACAUAACAACUCUAUACACAACUGGUCAUUGACCUUCACCAGCAUAAACCUAUGUUUACCAGUGACUUGGAUGAAGCUCUUCAUCUUUCACUCAGCGGGCACAGCAUAAUGUAUACCUGCAAACUAGUGUCAUUGUCUUACAGAAGUUAGGGUGUGAAGUCACAGAGUAACAAUUUUCUGCUUGCAUUACUAGUGCUCGCAUAAUACAGCUCCUGUCCUUUUUAGACACAUUUGCCUACAUGGCUGUGUACAGUCCCAUAAAUCACGAGUUAUAAUCCACACGUGAAUUGAUCAUCAUCAUAAAAACAUACAUAUGUGCAUGACAAACAAAUUAUGGGACUGCAUAUCCUGACUAAUAACUACACAAGCCCAAAUUUAUGCAUGUGGUGAAUCUGAAGGCAAACAGUUAAGCACAUUAUAUAUGCUCUUAUUGGAAACUGACAUAACAAGAGUGGAUGUUGUUCUCAAUCACAUAUUGGCAACACCAAUUGAUUUGAUUCCCUUUUUUGUCAGCUGUGUAGAUGGCUAAGGCAUUCAGACACAGACUCUGUCUGAAUGAGAUACAUUCAAUGGGCAUAGCUAACCGCUAAUGCUGCUGUAUCAUAAUGAUCAUAUGCUGUUUUAACUGAUCAUGUUAAACUCAGUUAUUCAUUGCUAUUCAUGUUAUAGAUUCUCAGUUUUGUCAUCCUAUCUGCCAAUUAACUGCUGAAUUUACUACUAAAAUAUUACAUGGCCAUGUGCUAAAAGCUUGAUACUAUGUUUAUCAUAACCUUACAUAGCCAUGUCCUAUCAGAGUUUGUCCAUAUCCACGGCAAUCUGAAAUAUCAGAUUUGUAUGACAAUGUUAUACUCAUGCAACCUUCAUCCUCAUGCUGAGCACACAUGUUCAGUUAGGAAAGAAAUCCAGGACUCAAGAAACCUGUAACUGUGUCAAUCAGUUAUUCAUAAUGUACAUUAAUUCUUUACAUCUUCAUCUAUAUAAUAUGUUUGAUAAAACAUCUUCUAUUAACUAAGUGCCUGGCACCAAUUUACUGCCAUCUUUAGUGUACUCUUCCAAUGCCAUGUGUCUCUCUCCUCUCAAUUCACAUUUAUAUAUCUAGGCUGGUAAUGUAACUCAUUAUUUCUGUUUUACUAUUUAAAGAUGAAAACCAUUGCAUUGGAUUAUAUCGGUGUCUGUAGUCCUUCUCCAGACUGUAUAAGAUAUAUGGACACUGACCUUCUGUGUAUAUUUUGCUUUGAUAGAGACAUUCAUUGGCUCAUGGUGAGACAAAUACCAUGCACUUUCAUCUCUCAUAAAGAGUUAAAACUAUUUGUGAGAGUCCCUUCCAACAUUGCCAGUGAAAGCAAUCAGGCCUUCUGAUUUAAGGUGACAAAAGAUACAACUAUACAGAUAGGUCACUGUUCAUCUCUCAGAGUCAAUAACAGAAGCCAACAGGUCAAUCUCUAUAUCCAAACCUCAACCCCAUUCCUUUGCAGUUGAGGAGACCUAGGAUCCUAGGUACAGCCAGAAUUGCCUUCAAUCAGUCCCAUAAUCUUACUAAAAAAGAAUAGGCUAGAGAAAAUAUGACAGAUAAUCAGUGAAAAAGUUUCUGGUGCCAGGACUUAGUGAUGGCAUGCCUUAGUGACACUAGUACCCUGCCCUCACAGUCACUAAAACUUGUUGAAAACCUACCAGAAAUAACAGCAUUCAUUCCUUUCAGACACAGAUCUUUCCUCAUAGAUAUGGUAAAACCAGUCUGAAUCCAAGUUAGAAAAUUUGCUACAGUCAAAAGUACUCAACCCUGUUUUGAGAGGAUGUCAUCAUAGAUUCAUUGAGUGUUCUGCCACAUGAAGGAUUCUGCUGGAUAAAACUUCUCUGAUGUUAUGAUGGAAGAGGCAAAACUUGUCUCUUGCUUCCACGACAGCCACAGUGUGUGAUACUUUUGUGAGAAUCUAGAAGCGUGGCUGUAAUUACAAGAUGAUGUGAUUGUUCCUCCAUGUAUGCGCAUACAUAUAUGUAAGCCAUUGAUCUCAUUGUUUCUCUUCAUUAGGAGUUUCCUACUGGAUAAGGUGGUGCCUUAUGUUCUCCACUCUAGUUAGGAUAGCGAACAGUAACAGGUGAACUAUGCGGGCUGGUGGGAAUGCUACAGUGUUGUUGUCCAUGUCUCAUUGGUCACUCUGACACAAACACUCACAGUUGCAAUCAAUCACAAGAGAUCCACCAGUUUGUGUCUAGUGCUGAUAUGAUGGUGGCUACUAUUAUUUGAAUCAUUCCACAUGCAUACUUGAGGCAUCCUGUGCACACCUUUCACUGAAAUGACACUAAACAACUUUUACAGGUUGAAUCUUAGAAUUUCAGUUUUUCUUACGCACAGAGUGGAUUUGCUGCAUCCUUGUGUACACAUGGAUCAUCAUGCUUUUGUAUAUUCAGCAUGAUUUUUGAAGUCUCCCUCAACUAUUGUCCAUUCCUUCUUUCCUUAAGUGUGGAUAACAGUGUGUUGCAGAGCCUGCAUUAAGCAUCACAAACUGUUUGCUCGGGUUUGUGAAAGAUGUUACAGCAACAGGGUAUUGUCCUGUUUUCUUCUCAUUCUGCAUUGGCUGCACAUAUUCAUUCUGUGAUAGUUCAGCUGCAAAUGAGGCUGUAUUUCAAAAACUCUAGAAUUGUUGUGUACAUACACCCAUCAUUUCUAUCUUGCUGCCUCGUGGAAGAGCUGCAAAUGUUGAUUAACAUUCUCUCCUUCUAAUAUGCGAUUCUUUCUUCUUGGAAGUAGGUUUGUCUACAUUUAUACUAUUCAGAUGUUGGGUAUCUUCAUUUCUGACACCUCAGUUAUUUCACAUAUAAAGAACCUGUAUCAUAGUUUAAUGAUGAGCCAACAUUAUUGAAUAGUGGGACCCUUUCCUAAGCAUGCUGUUAACCAUCUUGUUUCCAUUCUCUACUAACUCAUACAUACCCAUAGCACAUUUAUGCACAGGUCUCUGUAACAUCUGCUACCAGGAAGAGAGUUUAAAACCCUGGAAGUGGUAACUUAUGGCUUUUAGGGAGAGCCACAUGUGUUUGGACAUUGUCGAUCUGUUGGGUGAGAGAGAUGAGCCUGGAUGCACAAAGCCACUGGCAGGGACAGGCAGAGGGUUGUCUGCUCCUUGUCAGAUCUGUGGUUAGUGCUGUCAGUGGCUACAGUAUCUGAUUCUGGGAUGGUUUUCCCCAGUACUUGUCCAAUCACAUAUUGAUUGGGGUACAUUAUUUUGAAGCUUCACACAGCCCAUGAUUCAACUGCUCUUUCUCCUGAAUGCUGUUUAUGCGGCUUACUCACCAUGAAUUGUGCCCUUGUAUCUGCAGCAAUACAAUUGCUGUUUCAGUUCUAGUGGUUAUGAUCCCAGUUGAUUUUUCAGUUUUCCAUCUAAAUAUCACUUCUUCCUGUCAUUAGCUGGUCUCUGUACUUGCAUUAGAAACUUAUUUGGCCCCAGGAUGUGCUGCAUACAACAAUUUAGUGGCCCUUUCCACAUUGCUGCGUGCUCACUUUACUCCACCUCCGUGACAUAAUUAGAUGUAUGUAUGAGGUUCUCAUGUAUAUACAUGGAUUUUGGUACAAUUCUUAGGCUUAGAAUAUGUCAGGUGGAUUUUUAGGCAUAACAUAAUCCACAUUUGGACAAACCAAAAAUCUUUUCAAGCUUUGCACCCUGAACCACAUACAGUAACUGGUCAUCUGAUGUUAAAUAGCCCUACAAAUAAGCCAGAAUACAAGUGUAAUGAUUUCAUAGUGUGCUGCACAUUUUCUUACCUUACUGUCUUUUUGCUGCAUAGCCCUAUGUGCAUUUCAUGCCCGAGUUUUGCUCUUUAUGUUCUGUAUUGGCAACAAAAUAACUGGAGAAUUUUUACCUGCUUUCCCUAACUAAAUUUCUUUCCUGUUAUUUUAUUUAAUUCUAUUGCUCACACAGCAUUCUAUAUAGUAGUCUUCUUAUAACUGACAUAUGUUAUUGUUUCAGGUAGCUUCUACUGACAAACACAGAGUUUGUGUGCAAAUGCAAGGCUGACUAAAUGGUGCUAAAGUGUAUUAUGACUGUCGGAUAUAAUCAGGCAAAAUUUUGUGGUGCUUAGACUGAUUUUUUCAUUGAUUUUAUUGAUCAAUGCGUUGGACAGUGUUUUAUUAUACACAAGCUGUUCUUUAUUAGUAAAUCAAGGCCUCAUCAUACAUUAUUAAAUAAAAUUGGUUAAUUAAGCUAUGUAACAGCUCACCAAGCUAUUAUCUCUUUAACUCCUUAUAAUGUUGCGUCAUUAAAGGUCAAGGGGUCAUGAUAUUAAUCUCAUUGCUGUAGAUCAUUAACAUAACUGAACAUUUUCAACAAAGUACUUAUGUUUACAACGCUAUAACCCUUUGACUGCUGCGGCAACCUUUAACCACAAAAAAAAAAAAAA